AUGUCUCGGACGUUUGGCAGACGUCUUGGGACGCUGGUGGACAGUCACGGUCGACCGCAUGAUUAUUUGAGAAUUUCCCUCACGGAAAAAUGCAACUUGCGAUGCAGGUACUGCAUGCCAAUUGAGGGCGUGAAGCUCACCCCCUCGGAUCAGCUGUUAUCUGCUCAAGAGCUCUACCGUUUCAGCUCCUUGCUUGUGAAAAACGCCGGCGUCUCCAAAAUACGUCUCACUGGUGGAGAGCCACUCGUCAGAAAAGAAAUUCAAGAGAUUAUUUCUGACUUGAAUUCGCUCAGAGAAGAUGGAGUCAAGCAAAUAGGAAUAACUACGAAUGGCGUUUCUCUUUCAAGAAGAAAGGCUAAACGACUGAAGGAAGCGGGACUCGACACGGCGAAUAUCAGCUUGGAUACGUUGGAGCCGAUGAAAGCGGAGUUUAUCACGAGGAGGCCGAAGGAGAUGCAUUUUUCGGUCAUGAAAGCGAUUGAGAAUUCGAUUGAUGCUGGAAUAACGACAAAGAUCAACUGCGUACUCCAGCGUGGGCUGAACGACGACGAAAUCAUCGACUUCGUAAAGUUGUCAAAGGACCUCCCAAUCACCGUCCGAUUCAUCGAAUUCAUGCCUUUCAAUGGAAAUGAAUGGGCAAAAGGCAAACGCUUCAUUUCGCUACGUGAAAUCCUUCGAAUUGUAACAGCCGAGUUCGGCGAAAUAGAGCAUCAACGAGGCGAGAGAUCAGAUGUCGCGAAAAACUACCGUGUUCCGGGCUUUGCUGGCAACUUUGGGAUUAUUGGCUCGAUGAGUCAACCUUUUUGCUCUGGCUGCAAUCGAAUUCGGCUCACUGCUGAUGGGAUGAUUAAAAAUUGCCUCUUUUCGAACGAAACAGACGACUUAGAUUUGAGAAAGUACCUCCGGGAUUCAAGCAUUAGCGAUGACGAAUUACUCACCAUCGUACAAGAUCAUCUUCAACACAAGAAGGCUUCUCACGGCGGAAUGGAGUUUCUAGAGAAAACACGUGACCAAAACCGUGCCAUGACGUCUAUCGGAGGAUAG